GGAAAAGGAAGGGGCCUGAGGCUGUGAGGAAUGGCGGGAGUUGAAGUCCAAAACACCUGGAAGGAGGCCCCAAGUUUGCCCUUGCAUGCUUUAUAAUGCAUGAAAUUGGACACAGCUUGGGCUGCCAUGACUCAGUGUUGUGCAAUCCAGGAGCUGUACUUUGGUGUGACUCCAGAGAAGUCAAAGAAGAAAGUUAUAGAUCUUGUCAAACUACAACUCCCUGGGCUAGGCCCGUAGCCAGAAACAAAAUUGCGGAUUCGAACCGGCAACCUUCAGGAUGGAGAGCUUUGAGGACAUGGAAAACAAACUCCUUCAGCAGCCUUGGGCUUCGGUGUGCUUUGCUGAAUCAACUACAUUGAUGGUCAAGGCAUGGUUUGGAGAUGCUGGCUAUGCCUUACUCCUCUCUGAUCUCAGCAAUAUGUGGUAUGAAACUGCAGAUACCGAGGUGAUACAACAGAGAUCAAAGGAGCUAAACAAGAGGUUGACAGCCCAUGUAUCCUCCUUUCUGAGCCACCUACAAGCUCUGAUAUGUCCUCUUCUGGAUGGGGAAAAGAAGGAUGCGACCUCCUUCUCCUGCCAACUGAGUUCCAGCAUGCUGACUCUUCAUGUGAAGAGUGAACUCUCAGGACUGCCUUUUUACUGGGACUUCCACUGUUCAGCUGUGCCCAUUGAAAUGAUGUCUGACCACCUUGUGCGGCCCCUGAUGGCAAUGAGCCUGGUGUUGCAGUGUCAGGUGCGGGAGCUGGCAUCCUUGCUAUGCCAGAAGGAUGCUGAGAUUGAAGACUACCGCGAGAGCGGGGCUGCUCUCAGCCGAGAGCGUCUCAAGACAGAACCUUUCAAGGAAGAAUCUUUCCUCCAGACAUUUCAGCUGCAGAUUUUGCCCCAAGCUUGCCAGCUGGGAGAUGGACAACUAUUUACUUCCAAUCUAAAGGAGCUCUACAUGGCGGUAACACAAGAGCAGGCCAGAACAACUUGCAAACGGCACCGAGAAGCCUCUGGAGACUCUGAGAGCCUUGAACGUCUUAGCCCCCAGGACCUUGCCCAAGGGGAGGCUGUGGAUUUACCAUCUGAGGAAAAGAAGACAGGCUCCAAUCUAGUGACUGCACAGACUGACCAGGACACAAUGGCCCCAACCUUCCAGACCCAGAAGACUCAGCUGCUCACUGCUAAGACCAAAAAGAAGAAGGCAAAAGGGUUGUUUGGCUGAUGCAGGUGACUCUUUUCAUGGCGACAGGAUGUUGCUCCAUCUUCCUGAAGCAUCUGGAGAAGAACAACCCUUCUCAUUUCACUGCACAGCUGUGCGAAUCUGCCCAUUUUACCUUUUAAAAAAGGGAUAGUUGGGGAGUAUGCCAGCCUGCCCCAUACUUGUCUCCUGCUUUAUCCCUGCUCACUCUUUCACUUUCAGCACAAAUGCUACCCAAGAAGAUUGAAGGCAAGGGGAAGAAAAUGGGUAGACAUGAACAAUGGGAGAAAUUAAAAAAAGAAACGGAAGUAAUUGGAGUGUCCAUGCUUACCCCAUUGAUAAAAUAAAUUCUUACUUUUUAAAUGUGUGUAAUAAAAGACUUUGGGUACAAGAAA